AUGGGCAGCAAAAGGAAGCGUGGAGGCAAGGACGCCUCAAUUGCCCCCUCAAACUCACAGAAAAAGGCAAAGAACGCCGCCUCCGCUCCCGUUCCCGUCGCCGCAACCGCAGCCGCGAAGCCAACCCUGGACAAGACUCCAUUUGUCGAAUCGCCAACUCUCGAAGACCGGAAACGCGAGGGCCUCCUAUACGAGCUCCUCGGCAGCGAGGAUGAAAACGACAGAAUAGAGGCUGCUGAUUGCAUCAUAUCCGGGCUCCUUGGCGGCGAGGGCGUUGCCGAACCGGUGCUGCAGAGGCAUCUCGACCGACGACUGUUCCGAGGACUCUCCAGCGGCCGCAAUGCUUCGCGCAUCGGCUUCAGUCUGGUCAUUACGGAGAUUUUGAGUCAGCUGUUCGGAGAGAAAGCGCUGAGUCUGGCGGAGAAAUACAGCGGAUUGACCUUUGACAAGGUGCUGGGUUUCCUGUUAGACAAGGCCAAGAUUGUCGGCAACAUCCCCGGCCAGGAAGAACGAGACAUCUUUUUGGGCCAGCUGUUCGGCCUUGAGUGCUUUGUUAAGAGCCGCACUCUGUUUUCGGACCCCUCGAGAUGGAACACAAUACUGGAGGAGCUGUUGAAGUUGAGCAACAAGAAGGUCUGGCUCAAGUCGCAGUGCGGAUGGGUUCUCGUCCAGGCAUUGCAGCAGAUGGACAGGGCGCAGGCCAAAGCCACACUUGAGAGGCUUUCCAAUGCCGGGGUGGCCAAGACCGCCGAAGGAGUUGCCGUGUGGCUGGUUGCUCUGAGCCGUUUCCCCGACCUCCAAGUCAAGCCCUGGCAGCAUCCUCUCUCCAGAAAGACUCUCGGCGAUUUGGCUGCCAUCUUGAAGGAAAGCUUCAAUGAGACUAGCAAGGACUCUUCCAGCAAUUCAAGGAACAACCAGCAGGCAACUUGGACGGCUCAAUUGCAUUUCGUGUGGGACCUCAUCCUCAACCACUAUCUACAGACUGGAGAAUCAGACGUUGAAGAGUUUGCUCACUUCUGGGGCCGAGUUGUCGACGAUGGUUUAUUCUCCAAGCAGGCCACUGACGGCCAGAAGUUCAAGGGCUUCAUCGUCUUCCAAAAGUUCCUUGAAGGCUGCAUCGAGCACCACCCGUUAUUACAAAUCCUGUUCAGCAAGAACCUCAUGACGUCCCUCAUGAACCAAGCCGCAAAGGAAGAUCGGUACCUACAUCGAGCAGCCGUCAAGGCGCUAAAGGCCAUUGAGGGCGCGGUCUCUUCCCACCCCAUGGCCCUCGUUCCUGUACUCGAAAGCCUCUUGAGCAGGAACGGCGUCUACAACUUUGAUCAGCGAACCAGCACGAAAACAGUUGACAAGCUGCUACAAAACUUCAACUCGGGGAAUGACAAGGCGACGUUGAAGAUUAUCCAGGCUCCCAUCGCCAGUCUUUCGCAACAAGAAGUCAGCGAGGCUCAAACCAUUCUAAGAGUACACAUUGAUUACCUCUCCAAGGUUCUCGCUGCAUGUGCAUCCUUCACAAAGGGGUCUCAGUCCGACAAGUUGAAGGGCACCUCUCUGAGUGCGACGCUGCAGCAGCUAUCGCGACUUGCCUAUUCUCAGCCAGACGACAUCCCCAGAGAAGCCCUGACGGAGCAGAUUCAAGAGCUGGCGCGAUCCCGCUUGGAAUCUGCGCUGGCCAAACUGACCCGACAAACUUCUGAUUUCGUCACGUUCUGUCAGGCGGUUGCCUCCAUUGACUCCAACGCGGUGACCAUGUCCGGGGAGAUCAAAGAGGCGAUUGAAGGGGCGCUGUCAAGAAUGCAGAAGCUGCUGAAGCAGAAGACGAAGACGGACAAUGACAGGACCUUGACGCAGGGAUUGGCGAUGCUCCACGCCAUCUCCAUCUUCCAGUUAUACAACCAAGACCCAGACGCCAUGGAAGUACUCGACGAUCUGGCGCAGUUCCACGACAGGCUCCAGGAGGGCAAGCUCGGCGACGACGACACCGGAAGUUCAGAAUUCCUGGUCGAGAUAUUGCUGUCCAUGGUGGCUCGCCCUUCUUCAUUGAUGCGGCAAGUAUCUCAGCAGGUGUUUGAAGCCUUCACCUCACAGAUCUCGGCCGGCGGCUUGGAGCUGCUGACUGGCCCCCUGGCGGCAAAUGAGAGCGCCAAGGGUCAGAAGGAGCUCUUCAACACGGAGGACGAUGACAUGGACAUUGACGGCGACUCCUCAGAUGACGAGGAUGACGACGAUGUGGAGGAGAUUUCAAAUCUUGAGAUUGACUCUGAUGUCGAGUUUGUCGACCUCGAAGACGCUGACGGAGAAGAUGGCGAUGAUGACGAUGCAGAGGAUGAGAAAGAAGACGACGACGACGAAGAGAACGAGGAAGACGACGAAGGUGAAGAAGAGGGCAAAGAAAAGAAGACCAAGAAACGAGAAAACCCAGGCCGCAUAGACCUCGACGACCUCACCCUGGGCCAGAUCCUCAAGAGCCACCGGCUCGACAAGGACGCCGAGGCCGAGUCCUCGGCCGACGAGGGCGACAUGUCCGACUCGCAAAUGUUCGCCCUCGAGGACAAGCUCGCCGAGGUCUUCAAGCAGCGCGCCAAGGCCCGGCCCGACAGCAAGAAGCAGAAGAAGGACGCCAAGCAGUCCGUCGUCAACUUCAAGCACCGCAUCCUCGACCUGCUCGACAUCUUCGUCCGCAACGAGACGCUCGCCAGCCGCGCCUGCGAGAUCAUCCUUAACUACCAGCGCGGCAUGAAGAAGGCGAGGAGCGCCAUCAAGGACAACAAAGAUGCCGCCGCCGCCGCCAACAACAACAAUAACAACAACAAUAAUGCUACUACGGAAACGGCCGCCGCAUCAUCAUCAUCACUGCCGGCUUACGACGCGGACCAGCUGCUCUCCGUGCUCGUCGAGGUCCACGAAGAGGCGGGCAAGGACAACGCGCACGCGUUCGCAAAGGCCGCCAGCGCCGCCAGCCUCAUCGUCGCGUCGGCCAUGUUCGCCUCGGACAAGGACCUGGUCAAGAGGGUGGCGGCCGUGUACGCCAAGACGCAGUCGGACUGGGUGCUGGGCCAGGCCAAGCUGCAGAGCUCGUUCUUUGCGGACUGGAACAACUGGUGCCAGAACCACGCUUCUCAGGGGCGUUAA